AUGAGGAUCGCCUGUCUCCAGUUUGCGCCGCAGGUCGGGGAUGUGGACAAUAAUCUCAACCGGGCAGAUGCGAUUUUGAGUCGCGUAGACCCCGAGGCACUCGAUCUGCUGGUCUUGCCGGAGCUGGCCUUUUCUGGGUACAACUUCAAGUCGUUGUCCGAGAUAUCGCCGUUCCUCGAGCCAUCGGGCUCGGGUAUCAGCUCCUUAUGGACUCGAACCAUGGCCUUGAAAUACGACUGCACCGUCAUCACCGGCUAUCCCGAAAAGGUCGACCCGACCCUCAAGUGGCCGACAAACCCGGAAUACUACAAUGCGGCCAUUAUCGUCAACGGCGAGGGAGAGACCGUUGCCAACUACCGAAAAACACACUUGUACUACACAGACGAAACAUGGGCUUUGGAGGGGCCUGCGGGGUUCUUUGGCCAGACACUGCAUGGUCUGGGGCGUACUGCCAUCGGAAUUUGCAUGGACCUCAAUCCGUACAAGUUUGAGGCGCCGUGGGAUGAGUUCGAGUUUGCGCAUCAUGUGUUGGACUGCGGCUCUCGACUCGUCGUCGUGUCCAUGGCUUGGAUAACCAAUGAUGAUCCCCGUCAGUUUAGCCGCAUGCCUCAAGAACCAGACAUGAGCACUCUCCUCUAUUGGGUUUCCCGUUUCGAACCAAUCAUAAGAGCAGAGUCUUGCGAAGAAGUCAUUGUGGUGUUUGCCAACCGUACUGGCUCCGAGGGGCAGGUCACGUAUGCUGGUACCAGUGCUGUCAUCGGCAUUCAAUCUGGGGAAGUUCGAGUGUACGGGAUCCUCGGCCGCGGCGACAAGGAUCUUCUUGUUGUCGAUACCAGCGUGGCGCCAUAUGCCAAACUAGUAUACCGGCCAGGAGAAAAUGGCCUUGAUGUUGAGGCUGGGGAGCCAGGGGGAUAUGACCAGCGCCAGGAUUACGAAAACCGUGGUCCUCAACGUUCCCCAGGCGCAAGGGAGUCUGAAGGCUCACCCCCGACCCCGAGCAGCCAUCAGACACCCCAGGGCGACUCAGACGCAAUCCAAGAAAAGAAUAUGUCUGCCCGCCACAGCGAAAACAAAUCACUUGAUCAACAUCACUCAGGUGCACCGGUAGGAUAUGCCACCGAGGGUCAGCACAUCCGCACACACACAGCUCCAAGUCCAGGUCGAACUCCCAACUCGGCCCCGCCAAGGCUCAUGGUUUCAACAAGGCACUCGAACAGCCAUGGUUAUCUGAAUGCGCCCUCUCCAGCAUCAUUGUACGCGGCAAACGCCAGUGGCGGCCCUUUCCAAGUCUUGGGAGGAGAAGUCAGCUUCCAUGGGCCAAAUGUUGAUGCUGGAUCGUCUCCCUUGGCUGCUUACGAGUCUCAAUUAUCCGGGACGUCUUGCGAGUCGCCUCGAGAUUACUGGGCACCUACACAAUUUUCUCUAGCUCAACUGCCUGGUUCAAGAUGGGCAUUCCUAGGUGAUGCGGAUGACCAGAUCAUUUCGGAAGAUUCGCCAGUAGCGAACCAGGAGAACCGCUAUAGCAUCAGGUCUGAUGUCUCUGUGUGGAAUAACCAGCCCGGCCGCCCUCCGAGCAUCGCCAACGACAUGAUGAACCAUCCUACACCACCUCGGGAACUAUCUUUGGGCCGAGUUGGUCGCGAUGCCCCUGAACGAACACCGUCUUUAAAUGACCACCUUGAUGUCGCGAGACACAAGUCUCUUCCUAUCCGUACUUACUCAGUAGAGCCCCCCCUCAGAAGCCGACCUCGGGGCCACGAGAGAUCAAAGCCAGCCACUGUAGACAACGACGACCUCGGAGCCGUCUGCCAAAGACCCGAGGGCAUGGCCAUGUCCGCAAACGCAUCUCAACAACACACGCUCUCGCUCAAUGGGGACCGAGAUCGUUUCCAUCUUAAUUCUGCACACCGAACCUCGGGCAGCCGGGGCCACAGCCGAGGUGAAAAACCGACGCCAAUGUUACAAGAUGAUGGCUCCCAUGAAGAAAGCACAAUGACUGCCUCGAUACCAAUAGCCCUUGGCCAGCAUCCCACCCGCUCUGGAGGCUCGAGAGAAUCGAGUAACACGGGUGGACAGCUGGGUUCCACUCCCAGGCCACCUCCACGCCAGGCUUCAAGUGGACAUGCCGUACAAAGGACCAGCUCCCAGGGAAGAAUCGGUGACAACCCCCCGCCCAGAAGCGCUUUCACGCAGCGCGAACUAAGGUCAAAUACGCCAGCCAAACCUGUCGACAGAGGGACAAGUCGUGGCCGUCGACGCGAAGGCAGGCCCGCCACGAAUCAAGAAGCUGCCACGCCGGGAAUCCACCAACGGCGGAACAGCACAAAUACCAGCCGAGGACACCACGCCGAGCCGGUGGACUUGUCCCAUUUCACGCUUAUCGAAGAUUAUACUGCACCCAAUUGUCCCGUUCACGGCUUCCGAUCUCGCUCUAGAACGGGGCCAAGUCAAGUUCAGCCUGGGAACAACACGUCUCCGGGGACUGAUCCGGCUUGCUCCCCUCCCCAGCCAGAGAGGGUAGAAAGGCGACGGAAACAAAAUACACCACGGCCAGCGAGCAGAAAAGACGCACCCAAGGUGGCCACGCGAUCGUCCAGGCCCCAUGCGUCGCCGCAGCUGAGCUCCAAGCAUGCCGAGACGCCAAAGACGUCGACGCCCACAGCUACCAGAUCGAAGCAGCGUCAUCAACCACUGGUCCUCAGCGCACGACAGCGACCAAAGACGCCCGAGGCCAUGAUCCUCGCGAGUGACGGCAAGACGGACGCUCUAGAGCUCCUGGCAACAAUGAAAUGUAUCGAGCGAUCGCUCGGAAAGUCUACAGAUCGGCCACGGAGCGCAGUCUGGUAA